GGGAGGGCAUACGCGCGCGGAUUACUACGGGGGCGGAAUGGUGGGGAAGGGAGGAAGGACGCGCCGUCAGUCCAACGCGAACCUCGGACGAGUGUGGGUCUCGCGCGCGCGCGUGCGUGCGUGUGAUUUGCCGUCGCGUUUUGCAUCAGUGGGCGUAAUCGGCGCCCGUCGUUGCGACAAUCGACGCUGUUAACUGUUUCUCACCCCGACUUCGCGUAGCUGACCGUCCGUUUCGCGUGGCAACCGCGAGAAAAUCUCGCGGUGAUAACCGCGGAGUGAUAAAACCGUCAUCGGGUGCCGCGCGUUACGUCGAGAAGCGUUCCUACCUCGCGCGACGAUCCGCGAUGCAGGCACGAGUGUCGCGAACUUAGCCGCGUAUUACGCGAUUACUGUGCGCCACGACUUAACGUGACGCAACGCGACGCGGGAAAAAUCGGAUGCGCGUGUCGACGAAGAGGAGCGGGGGUGCCGACGCGGGAUGAGCGCGAGAGAAGUCACCCUCUACGGCGGGUCCCCGUGGGGCUUCCGCAUGCACGGCGGCUGCGACACGCAUCAACCCCUGCGCAUCUCCAGGGUGAAUCCGGGAAGCAAGGCAGCUCAACAGGGGGUGAGAGAGGGUGAUCUGAUCAGUAAUAUUAACGAAAGAAGCACUCGAGAUCUGACCAACAGCGAGGCGCACGCUCUGUUACGUAAUUCUGGGGAGCAGCUAAAACUCGGUCUCAACCAAGAAAAUAUCGGCUCGCCGAAGAGGAGAAUCUACAGGAGCAGUCUGCAAGAGAACACCACUACCGAAACCCAGAACAAGAUCACCACUAGAACCACAACGACAACGCGCACACGAACGGAGUCGGAGAGGAAUGUUGUCAAUGACACAAAAGUCGAGCAGAGCUACGCCAAUCAGAACGGUGCUCUAAAGAGCUGCCCGAGCGAGCAACGAAGCGACGCUAAGAAAGGACAUCACGAUCUUCUGGAUUACGCAACCGACGCGGAGGACUGUGCCGUGAUGCCGCAGGGCAAUGCGCGCAACCGUAACCGCAGCCGCAGGAAUCGGAACCGACGGCGACCUCCUCAGCCACCGACGAACGUCACGGAAUCCUCGCGAAAGGCCGAACAGAGGAAGCUCGAGGAAGAGAAUCGUCCAACCUCGAGGAACGAGCGCGACAACGGCGACGAUGACGACGACAACUCGAAGACGAACGACUCCGUCGCGGAGAAUCCCGUUCCGGAGAAUGUCGAUCUGACCGAAGACGAGGAUCGGGGCGGAUCCUCGUUGAAUCACGAAUGCAGAUUCCGAUUGAACGAUAAGCACCGAAUUGACAAGAUCGAACUGGCAGAAUCUUGUCCCGGGAUAAUCGAGAUCACGACCGUCAGCAGUUUACCUCUGGAAGCGACGAUCGGCCACAUCGCCGGGGUGGGCAUUUUGGAGACCGGAAAUGGUAACAGAGCGUUGAAGGAAGCGACGAUAGUGACGGUAUCGGAACCGGUGGAAUCGGUACAACCGCUUUCUGGUUGUACAAAGACCAGGCUCUCGCAAGCGAAUGAAACUCGAUUGGAGAUCCGAGAAGUCAAUGACAGCGAUGCGGAGGCCGAUUGUGGGUCAGCAAUCGUCGAAUUCGAAUCCGAUGCAGAGUCGGUCGGUGGACAGGAUUCCGAGGAUCGCGUGGAAUUCAAGCCAAGGGAUCGGAUCGGGCAGCAAUACGUGCCACAGAAGAAGUUUCCCAAACCGGAAAUGGAAUCCCCGACUCUAAUGUGGGCCACGGUGAUGCCGAGAGAGGUAGAGAAAAAGCUGCGAAAUUUCAUCGAGGACCUCCAACUGCCGAGUUUCUCUGAAGAAGUAAUCGAGGAUGAGGGGCGAUCUCUCGAGAAAGUUGCGUACGACUUCACGACAGAAGAGAGCAGAUCCUUCGAGAAAACAGCUAGCUCGCCACGUCGGAAAACGAGGAAGCGCGCGAUGUCGGCGUCGCAUUACGCCAGCAGCUUUCUUGACAUUAUACAGGAGGAAGGUGAAAGACUAUCGGAGGACGAGGCACAGCAUAUCAGAGAUUUCAUAAACGAGGAAAUCAGCAAAUAUCGGCGCGAGGACAGGCAUUCUGUCGAGAGGAUGACAUCGACGGAUGGUGUUGAAGCGAUAAGGGUUGAUACUGAGAAGAUUGAAUCGGCUCAUGAGAAGUCGGAAUGCGAUAUUAAGAUUAAGAUUGACACGAUGGAGAAAGACACUUCGGAAUUAUGUUCACGCGAUAAAGUAAAUACUUGCGAGGAGAUUGAAAACGUCGAGCCUAAUUCUGUUGAAAGCAUCGCGAGUCCUGAAACUAAAGUAGCAAAAGACAUUAAUCCUGUGAUUGAAACGAUGAGCGAAAAAAUAAAUGCGAACAAUUGCGAUAAGAUUGAAAACGUCAAGCCUAAUUCAGUUGAGAACGUCGUGAGUCCUGAAACUGAAAUAGUAAAAGACACUGAUCCUGCGAUUGAAACGAUGAGCGAAAAAAUGAAUGCAAAGGACGACAUCCUAAAUAAUGAAUCUUUGGAAAUUUUAGCAGAUGCGACGCAAGCUAAUUUAAACCUCGAGGACCGUUGUAUUGUUGAGGAAAUUGAGAUUGUGAAAAAUGAUACUACGAAAGACGGUGAGGAAAAUAAUGAAGCGGAAAAGCUAGAAGAAAACGUGACAAGUAUUGUGACUGUAAGUGAUAUCAGUGACGCAGAUGUAAGUAAAGCGGAAGAUAAUAAAUUUUCGUCGGCAGUCGAGGCACCUGCAAAAUCAGACAACCGCGAUGUUCCUCGAAAAGAUUCCAUCGAGACCCGCACGAUCGUUAAUCACAACGUAUCACGAGUGGACGGCAGAGUUGAUUCAGCCUCGGAUUCGUCAUCGAGUGAAGUAACCCUGUCGGAAGCGAAGCGACCGCCGCCUCUACCGAAGAGGUCGUCCAGUUUCGGCCGCGAGCCUCAGAGACCGCCGACGCCACCUGAAAUAGACUAUAUCUCGAACGGCGCGAAGGUUCAUCAGACGUCUGUUGCGGUGAACGGCGACGGACGCGAACGCGAGUCGACGAAUUUAUCCGCGCGGAAGUGUGCGAGUCGCGAAGCGUCGGACGGGCUGCCACGACGGCCGGAGCUUCCUGGAGCUUGCAAGAGUUCUUGCACGUCGAGGACCGGUCGGGCGAUUUAUGGCGAAGAUUUUUCAAGCUCGCGUGACCUCGUCUCGACAAUCAUUCGCGCUAAUGAGAUUCGUGACCGUAUAAAUCAGGUCAGACGCGCCGACACCGCUCCGACAGCCGAGUAUGCUGAAGCUUCGACCAAGGGCGGUCGAUCGAUCGCGUCAUCGGGUAUUCGCGACGAUGAUCUGUCACGCUCGCGCGGCACCGGUAUGCACGUCGUCACGUUGGCAAGCACGACGAGCACGGAAAUAACGCGCCGCGAGGAAGGGAAACUUGCGACGCCCGCUGCACCGGUGGCAUAUGAUCAAAACGCGUCGUCGUGCCGGCAGGAGGGUGAAGCCGAGGUGUGCCGGUUUCCUUCGCGUCAGGAGAGACACACGAAUUCGGAAAGGAAAGAUUCUACGGUGAAUCACGAAUCACCGAGGUGCAAUAAAUCAGAUACUCGUUUGAAUUUUUCGGUGAGAGACAAAUCGGCGAUGGGUGCGUCGAGUUCAAAGAGCAAGAAGAAACCCGAGGGAAAAACUGAGAAGAACGAGAAAUCGACAUCCGGCUUUCACCGCGAACGAAUAGUGAAGAGUGAGACGUCGGAGACGAGAAUAAUCGAACGACACGAGGAGAAUACGAGCGCUAACCAGCGCGAUGGCCUUCGCAAUUCAAAGUAUUCGACGUGGGAGUCAAAGCGCGAAGAGAGGCGCGAGAAGAAGCACGAGGAAGAAACGCGCAGCUCAUCUCGAGAGAGCGAAACGAGGAAUUCGUCCGACGACGAAGCGAGCUUUCAAAGAACGGAUGUCCCAGUGAGCGAGAGUCCCUCGCUCGAGGAUGAGUUAAUCGAUGUUCAAGGACAUGACUCGUCCAGCAGCACCACAUCCUUGAACACCGUAAAGCAUCGUCCAUUGGAAGCGUCGUUGACCGAUAUCACCGCGAUUGUCCGCGAGACGAAGGAGGAGUACUUGAAAGACGAAGUGGAAGAAUCUCUGAAGCGGAAGUUCACCUUGCUGAAAAACACGGAAAGAUCCGCAAAUGAGACGACGCCGAGAGAGAAUUCGAAAUCGCCUCAGACGGUUCCUUACUCGCCUGUGAAGGAUCUUUAUCAUGUGCCAUUGAAGAGAGAGGUCUCAGAAACUCCUGAGAUAGCCGCGAAAGACGUGUCGCGACAACCACCUUCUCUCAGAAAGCUCUGCGUUGAGAGGAUUCUAUCGAUGCCACAUGGACCGCAAGUGAUAGGCGAGAUUACUACGCCCAAGUUCAACAUCUUCGAGAGUUUGCGGACUCUACAGAGGUUUGUGAGUGACGCGCCGACGCAUCCACACGAUAACGCCCGACUAAACUCUAUGCAUGGAGUGAGUGAUCGACGGCACGGACUAACGAAAACGUCGGACGAUAGCGAGCGGCAUCGUGCUAACGACAAUACGAACACUGUUUCAGACCAGGCCAAGUUGCCGAAAAGCAUUAAUAUUGAGUUGUCAGAGUCGGAAAACGAGAUGGAGAACUGGGAACCACGGUGGCGUGCGCUCACUACAACAGACCCCAGGCUUCUGGUGUGCCUGUCGCCGUCGCAACAGGCCACGCAGGUGCGCACGAGUGCCGACACCCUGUUGGACCUUCACCGAAAGUUCCUAAACCGGUACAGUUACCGCGAGGAACAGCCGCAUUAUGUUCCUCUGCCGCAGUACCGAGUUGAGAUCCAUCCGACCAAAGAGGACAACAACGCGAUUUCGAAAAUACCUAAGCCGACUACUCGAGCAAGUCAUCGAGACAGCACGAUCGAGAGUUCUAGCAGCAGGCUGCUGGAAAUCAUCAAGGAAGAACGAAACGGUCCUCGAAACGAUACACUCGCGGAUCAGCAGACGAAGAAGAUAACCGAUGACGCCACAAGCGACUCUUUUGGGUGCAGGGGUCAAGAAUGUUUCAAGGCCGAGCCUCGGCCGAGCGACUGGUUGAAUCAAGCCAGACACGAUCGCCGAAGCGCCACCGUGAACGAGCUAUUCUUGGCGGCGACGAGGGGCGAGAAUGACGAAUCGAGCGACGAUAAGCCGAACGGUCACGUGGCCCGGUCUGAUCGGCUUAAGAUUACGACACGUUCCGCCGCCCAGGCUGGACAUCGACCGUUGGCGAACAACAACGCGAUAACUCGCGAUUCAGAGAGAUUGUUAGCGAAUAACAUUAAGUGUCCGAUCGCGCUGAACGGUACCGUUACCGAUCGAUCGAUGGAUGCCACUGGCAAGAGGACGCCGCCUCUCAGGAAGGCAGCCGAUCUUGGCAAGCACGUGAAUCCGGCGUUGAUCGACAACAAACUCGAGGUACCACCGUUGCCGAAGCGCGCGGUCACGGUCGAUAAAUCGUGCAUCGACACAACGAGUAUUUUCGAUCAGAAUCCGCCGAGAAGUCGUCUGGAACCACGAAGAGGACACCAUGAAGCGGAGAAAUUGAAACACGUGGCCGCUGUGGAGAUCAUGGAUAAACUGAAAGAGCUGCAGACGGAAACAUCACGGCGGCUCGACGACGAUAAGAAGGGCUCCUUGCCUCAAGAAUAUUUCGCUCAGCAGCUGAGGUACAUCGAACUGUUGGAAGAUCAACUAAAAAACGUGAUAUUAGCGGAAGACGAGGAAAGAAAGGCUUUCGAGGAAUUUCAAACGCACUUUUGUCGAACGAAACAAUGUGAUGACACGAGGAGACCGUCUCUCGCUGAUAUCUCCGAAGAAACUUCGAAAAAAAUUAGCAUAAAUCUCGAACGCGAACGUAAAAUUCCGAUCGACGUCCGUGGGAUGACAGACGGAAAAUGUGGGAAAGAUAAGCGAGCGGGACCUCAAGGUCUCGAGGAGAAAUGCUUCAAAGAGAUCUAUCGAAGCGAGCCGAGAAUUCAAAAAGAAUCUUGGCAGGAGAAGUCAUGGAAUAUGGAAAAGAAUCGUACAGAAACGAUCGAUAAAAUAGGCAAUCGGCAGUUUCUGAAGAAGGUAUGUCAUGAGAACGACCACCACGAGGAGAAAUCCUCGGAAAGUAUUAAACAUGAAGAACGUCACGUGAUCACGCAGAAGGAAAACUUGACGAGAACGGAGGAAAAUGGAACGUUUAAGCCUCGCGAGGACGAAAUUAAUGAUCGUUGCACGAAAACGCGGUCGACGAGGACACCGAGGAACGAAUGUGAGAUGUCCACUGAAAAGAUGACUCAGCGUAAGAACGUUGAAGUGAAGAGACCGACGGCAUUACCAACGAACGGGGAGGCAUUUCGCCAGCGAAUGUACGACGAGUACGUGCACAAAGUGUUAGAGCGGCAGGAGCGGAAGAGCCACAAAGUCGUGAAGAUCAGCUCGCACGAAGACAUCAAGCGCAAAGCGGACGGCGACAUGAGCGCGAUGGCAAAGGAAUUCAUCGAGAAGGCACGCAACCGGCUGAACAAGUUUGGGAUCAAUCUCGAUGAGAGCGGAACGGAGCACGAGGAUGAGGAGAGUGAUGCCCUGAUCAACGCGAAAUUCUUAAUAGACGGCAAGGAGCUCCAGGACGUCCGGAAGCUGCCGAAACAUCUGCGGGAGUUCCUGAAGAUCUCCACGAUGAGCGACGACGAGGGAUGCGCCUGCGAUGCCAUUGCGAAGAGAAGAGUCAGGAAUGAAAGUGAUCUGCUGCACGAGAUCGACAAAGCUUUGAGAAUCGGCAGGGGAUUUCUACUUGGGCAAGAAAACGUUAUGUUCGCCCCCACGUUUAAAGCCUCGUCGGCGAAAUCAGGCGUUUGGUCGCCAGGACAAACGCCAGCUGAGAAGGCACCGAGUCCCCAACGAAGCAAAGAACCACAGAAGAACGAGCCGAUCCCGCCGGUUUGGGUUCCCGCCAAAGCCGGCGCGAGCCCUGUCGCUGAGAGGAAGGAAUUUCGUCCUGUGCCAUUCGAGAGUCCUGUACUAAGCCGGAAGAGGCAGCCGAAGGAAGAAGAGGCGCCUCCGCCCUGGCAAGGCGACGAGAAGAAAGAGAGCGGCAUCUCGCGAAUCGUGAAUUCGCAUUCGGCACCCUCCCAGGGGUUGAACACCCUCGCGUCUACGCCGCGAUUGCCACGUGCCCAGAAUCCGACCAUCACAUUGCUGCAGAAAGCGCGAGAAGGACAAUUGCCGAAAGGCGCAGCUUACUUGGAGGAAAGCGAUAAUCGGCCAGUGAGCGACGAAAGACCGCUAAUCUCUCCGGGAGAGAUAAUCUACACGUUGAAGAAAGAAUACGAGAGCGAGCCGGAAACGGAAAAUGAACCGCCGAAGAAGAUGGCCGAUCUGGGCCCUCGAAAAUUCGAGGGAAUCGGACCGAUGACUAGGGAAGGUAUCCCUCUCGUGUUAAGAUCGGAAGUCAAGGAAAGCAAUCAAGCGAAAUGGUACAAGAAAAUGUAUGACUCGUUGCACCGCGCUGAUAGAAACGAUGACUACGUAACCAUAAAAUACAAAUCAAGAAGAGGAGGGAGAUAUGGAUACGGAAGCGGCAGCGGAUAUUUGAGUGAACCGGAACCGCGUGCAUACUCGGAUCGAUCCGUUACUCUCGAUAGCCGUCGACGACUGCGCAACAAAGAAAAUGACUUCACCACGGCGACUAUGCCCAGAAAAAAUGGGGCGCUGAAAUACUCGACAGAUAUUUAUAAGAACCAGCCUGGUCGCAUCGAGGACUAUGAACCAGGACACUCGUCGAUCGCCGAGAAGGAAGCUAAAGAGUGGUGGGACGAGGUCAUGGACAUAUUUGACGGGUGGCUGAACGAAAACGGACAUCCUCAGCACGCUAGGAUGGAGUCUCUGGGCGGUGGUGUCCGGCAGUCCCGCAUCCUCAGCCUCUCCUACCGGCCGGAGGACAGUCCUUUCGAUCAGCGCAGCAACGCACGUGCCGCGGCCAAGCCGUACAUAACUCAUGCCCUCAAAGAGUCAGGCUACGAGAGCGACUCGACGCUGGUGUUCCGCCGACGAGAAGAUAUUAGUCCGCUCAGCCUUUUAGAGCAGAGACUGGCAUACAAAACGGUGCAGAGCGGUGGUGACGUACCCCUCCAUGGGCUUCGCAAGCCAGCCCCAGAACGUCCAAAGGACGACUCGGAGAUCGAAUAUUUCCCGAUCUCGCCAACUCUGACGAGGAUCCGCGUGCAUCGAAGAAGCGCCUCGUGCACGUCAAGAAUCACCUCGUCCACGACGGCAUUCUCAACGUGGCACGAGUGGUCGAUAUUGUCCUUGAUCGACUCAAGAUCCCCGCCGCAGGUCAUGAGAGCUCCUUCUCAUAGCCUCUCAUCGUCCGGUAGAGCUCUUCCGCAAACUAUGUCGGCGCCGAGGCCUCCUUCGCCGCCCCGAAGAAAAUCCUCACGCCACAGCAGAACCUUGAGGAAAUUAUAUUCAGAAAAUACGCGAUUGAUCGAUAAUUCGUACACCGCAUAUUCGAAACCUAGGCACGAACAGUGCUUCGCGCAUGCCGACAGCGUGUCGAGCAUCAGAUCUCUAAGAGAGAGAUUCUGCAGCAAUCUCGAGCGGCAUCGACAAAGUCGCGAGCAGUUUCAUAGCACAAUCGUGCGCACGUCCUCCAGCAGCCCGAUUGCCUCGAAGACCACCAAGGUGUCUACUUUAUUCUCCAACACUUUCGGUAAAAGAAAAUCGGAUCCCUGCUUAUCACAAACUCAAUUUGAAGCAAAGAAGUUAAACUUGCCAUCAAGCAGUGCGAGAAAUCACGUUUGUUCUUCAACAUCGCCGGCAUCGAGAAAUAUUCGCGAACCUUCAGUGAAGCUUGAUAAACUCGCAGCAGUAAAGGUGCCAUCCAGACACGCAACUUCUGUUGCCACUAAAGUAAGACAGAAAUCUCCAGAGAGAACGAAAUCGGAGCCUCUCUCAACUGCGAAGAGAGAGAAACUUCGUUUGACGAAGAAAGAGCAAGAACAAUCUUGUAGGAGGCUAAGCAGAUCACAGGAACUCUCCUCACCAGUGGAGGUCAAGAAAGCUUUGCAGAAGCACAAAGAAAAAGAAACGAGGGACGUGCAGACCAAGAUACUUUCGUCAGGCACUGUAGUAAAGAGCUCGGCGAUCUCGUCGACAAGUAAACAAAAGCGUCCAGUGGAUAAGUCUCUCAAAGUUGUUUCGCUCAAGGGACAGGAAGUAUUACGAAAGACAUCUGAACAUCGUCCUGAACAGCUUACGGUGACAAAAAAGACGUCAAGCGCCCAGCUAAAGUCUCCUGCGAAAAGUGCGUCAUCACAGAUCACUAAGACGGAGCCAAAGAAGACGAAGAUCGUCGCGAAGCCGCCAGAAAAGCUGGUUGUUAGCAAAGAAUCCUUACGUUCGAUAUCCUCGUCUUGUUCCGAAGUGAACAAGAGGAAGCGACCUCGUGAAAAGCCGCACACGAUCGUCAAAACUCCGACAAGGAAGCCGGAGACAAUACGCAUAACUAUGAACGGUGACAGGUUAAGAGAUAAGAGCGUCGAUGAAGCGGACGUGAGCAAGACUUUGAACGGGUGGAGGGAGAUGGCUGAGAAAGAUGAGAUCAAGAUACUGAGGAGAAUAGAGAAGAUAGCGCCGAAUGUCGGGCAAGAUUCCAGGAUCACCUGCUUGACCGUGGAGGAGAUCAAGAAACAUCAGGAGGCAACGCGCACAGACACUUUCUUCCAAAACCUUUUCUUACGGAAUCAUCCGUCGUUCGCACAAUCUCACGAAGAGAACAUGAAGUCGUCUCUCAUCAGCGAGCGUGCAAAAAUAUUCCAGGACGGCGUGAGGGAGAGCUUCAGGUCGGAGCCAUCUCUAAAGUCUUUGAGCGUGUAUUUGGCGCACAAACGGCCGGUUGAGAGCGUCGUCUCGUCCAGGAGUUCAAGUCCGUACGGGAUCUGCUGGCCCGGCCGGUCCGUUUUUCAAAAGAUUGGCAAGUUUGACAGCUUGUUGGACAUCGAUGAUUUUGGCUCGUCCACCAUGUUGCGCGUUCGUAGUCCAGAAUCUACGUCGCGAGAACACGUGAAGGAGCGAAGUCUAAGCGAGCCGCCAUUGAAGACUUUGCCCGAGUCCAGAGAAUCUUCGCCAAGAUCCUCUUCGCCAUCUCCGGUGAGAUCGCAGGCAUCUCGACGAACUUAUAUCUCCAAGCAGGAAGACUUAGACGCCCCGCUGACGAUUACGAAAAAAGUAAGAGCCAGAAGCGCCGGUGAGGCAGAGGACGCCAAGAGGGAGGGUUCGAAUCUAUCAUUGAAGAGCACCAGUUCAUUAUCGUCCAUGGAUCGCGAGGAUUACCAACAGUAUAUACUCGAAUUGUUGCACCACAGACGCAAAUCGACACGGUACAAAGAUCUGCGUGACUUCUAUGCGAAUCUCAGCAGGAUGGACCAGUUGGAGCGUACGUUUUCCUCGGGGGAUCUACGACCGCGGCUGAAAAACGAAGAAAUCAUCGAUUAUGAUCGUUGGAAACGGGUUAGAUCGAAGGAGAAGGCGGAACAGGAACUGAAGGCGCUUUACGGAAAGCUGAAGAGUGUUCAGCGUGACAAGGACUUUCUUUUUAGCGCGAAAGACAUUGAUAAAUUCAGGUGGCACGGCGAUUGUGGACUGCGCUGCAAAGAACGCUCUGUGGAAGAUAUCUUGCAGUAUUUUCGAAGACUUCAGAGCGAGGAAGGCGAACUGGAGUUCUCCAAGAAAAGAGCUGUUAUGCAGAAGGAUACAUAUAAACCUCUCUGGCGUGGAAAUUCGGUCGUGAACGUGGCGACUACGAUGCAGAAGAAGGCGAAUGUCAAUUUUCGGGAUACUAACAAAUUCGCAGAUUACCAUCCAUCGUUACAGAGGAGUCUCGGCGGCAGUAAGAAGUUCUGGAGCAGUUUGUCCAUCGAGCAGGUAACCAACCUAAAGAAGCAACUAAACGAAAUUUAUGGUAGCGACAGUCCCCAGAAACGAUCGAACGACGACGUUGUCGAUGCACCUCGUGAAAUUAGCGAGCAUCAACAACCUAAAGAAAAUCCCAUUGCUAAAGACGAAAAUUUGACUAAUUACGAAAUUAUUGUGCCACCUGAAGGCGAUUCCCAGAAUCAUCCUCAAGAUUCAAAGAGUCUCCACGUACGAUGCCAUUCGAUGAUAGCGACAAACGAGUCAAUAUUAAAAGAACAGAGUGACGCCGAGAAAACCUUGAAGAAGAGCGAUUCCAUUGGACGUUUUAAGAGCAUUGAGAGAUCAGAAUCGGAGAGAUCGAUCUCACCGUCGAUGUCGGAGCUGGAGAAGAAGAGGCUGUCGUUGACUCUCGGCAAAGAGAUGCUGGACAAAAUGAUGCGAAAAAGACAAUCCUCGCCUUUAGCACCUCGCGAGACUCGUGGUAGCAUUGCCGCUGCCUUAGCGGCCACGAAGAUGCCAGCAAAACCGUCUACAAAGAGUACCACAAGACCUCCCUGUGCGCCCGAUACACCCAGCGUGGCCAGCACUUCCCCCAGGACCUGUUAUUCCCUCGAAGCACCAUAUGUUGAAGACACGACUAAAUCCAAAGACAAGAGCGACUUCCUGCUGGUGUUGACGCCCAAUAACGAGAGUCCUAGCGACAAGCAACGCGUGGAGACCGUGCUCGAAGAAUGGUCGAAGAUACCUCCCUUGUUGGCUAUGACGGUGCCAACUGAGAAAGCAAAAUCAAGCAGCAAGUUUGCUUCGGGCAGCGAUGGAGACAGCAUGACGGAGAGUUCGGAGACCUCGGUGAGAACGGUGAUCCAGCGAGGCAAUGGACCCGAGACAGAGGACGUAUCGCGGAAGAUCGAGUUCUUCGAGAAUGUGGAGAAAAGAACAGAACAGCAGAAGGAGAUUGUGCCGAUGGCGACAGCGACGACGACCACCACUACGACAUGGACGUUUCGCGGCAGAAAGAAGCUACCGUCGUCUCAGAGUUUCGCUGAUUUGAAAGAGCUUUUUGGCGAGUCGGAAUCAGCCAAGUAUAGUUCGCUGGCCGGUGCUGCCGGUAGGCUCGAUCGAUCGCGAUCGACGUCGCCGCGGGAACGAAAGAUCGACGGCAGCUCACCGACGCAGCCGGAAGUGAUGAGUACGCGACAACAACGACGGUCGUUCCGCUCCUGUUCACGGGAGCGUGAACACGACGCGAGGCCGCGCAGCGUCAGUCCGUGUCGCGCGACCACGCGAUCGAACUCGUCCUGCAGCGUGGACAGCGUCGGCGGUUGGCCGCGCAGUUCGUCGCCGGAUCCCGAGAGGUACUGGCGAGCCUAUCUCAACCUGGUGCGGAACGGGACGGUGCGUAGGUUACGCGCGAGAUUUGAGAGCGCCGAGGAUCUGCCUCGACGUGUCAGGAUCGCUGCCGCGCCGAAACGCUUUCGCAGCGAUCCGGAAUUGGCACGGAGCUUGUUGAAGAAGGCGAGCGAGGGAGAGGAGCGUGGCAGUGCUCUGAAGCCUCACGAGCACGUCGACGUGGCAUGGUUACGCAAGAAAUUCGAGACGAAGAAGGGACGACCGCGGAUAGGACGAAGGGGCGAGUCACCACCGAUCCCGCGGGUACCGCUGCGCCGGGAAAACCUCUCGAUGCCGCACAUCGAUGUCAUCAGCAAGACGGUCGAAUUGAAGGAGCCCCAAGCUACCAGUACUGUCACCAACCACGUGACCAGACGAGCGGAGACCAAAGAACUCGAAGCGAAGAAACCGGUCUGCCGGAUGCGGAAAAGAUUCGAAUCACCGGACACCGCGGGUGGUGGCCGAACUUCCAUAAUGGGCGAGAUGUUCACGUCGGCGCCGGACGUGCGUGAACUUCGCGACAUCGCGCCCUACCUGGCCGGGAAGUGGGUGGCGCACCGGUACCCCAGUCGUCGGGACAACAUGCGCUCGCUGUCGUCGCCGGCUGAUCUCAGGAUUCACCGGGGUACCUCGAAGACGCGUUCUUCCUCGGUUGACAAGAAGAAAUCGGAACGUCCGCGUGCCACCUCCUCGUCGCCGACGCGGCCGCGAACGACCCCUGCAUCGAUCCUCAAACCGUCACAGCAGACUGUCUUCGCCGGACAACCCUUCGAUCCCGACAAGCACAAACCGAGGUUCAGGUAUCAACCACCGCCUCCGCCGCCUUCGCCCACCGCCGUGCGAAAGCAUAGAACCUGGUGGCCGACUUUGCCUGUCUACAUGGCGCGGCCUACCGUCACCUUCGAAGAAUACUCGAAUGCACCCCCGCCGCCACCAAAAUCCCAGCACUGCAGAGACGAUCGCCAAGAAUCGCCGAGGCGUUAUGUGGAGGGUGAAGUGACGAUUCACUAUCGCUCGCCGGUGCGUACAGAGGCGAAGGAGCCGCUGAGCGAGGAGGAGCUCGCACGUCGUAGCGCGGAGAACAUGCGGCGCGUCUACCAGGAGGAGCGCCGUCGCAAGUAUCUCCAGGAGUUGCACGACAUCGACUCCCGCAGACACACGGAUAAUUUUAUACCAUCGCAGAAGUCGCCUAUACCCCUGAAUCGCUACGACGAUUUCGUGGACGAUUUGAGCCAGCGAAGUCGAUCCCAAGAUCAAACACCGGAGCCACGUCUGGUGGCAAGAGCGCUCUACAAUUUUGUCGGCCAGUCGUCCCGGGAAUUGACUUUCCGGCGCGGCGACCUCAUAUUCGUUCGACGACAGGUGGACAAGAAUUGGUACGAGGGAGAAUACAACGCGAUGAUCGGACUGUUCCCUUCCAAUUAUGUCGAGAUCCUACCGUACGACGGUACGAUGCGAACGACACCAAAAAAGGCUCACGAGGGACAGGCGCGGGCCAAGUUUAACUUUAUCGCUCAGACCAAUCUCGAGUUAUCCUUGGUGAAAGGCGAAUUAGUGGUCUUAACAAGGAGGGUCGACGAAAAUUGGUACGAAGGACGUAUAGGAAACAGAAAAGGGAUCUUCCCGAUUUCCUACGUUGAAGUUAUCACCGAACCCGGACAUCGAUCAGAGACACCGAUUCAGAAUAAACCGGUCGCUUCUCCGGCGGCGCACAGUCUCUUAGCAAACGGUUCGUCCGGAGGGAAAAUGAGUAUGGGACCCCAUCAUUACGUGCCGUCCAUCCCGGUCAAUAUCAACACAACCCAGCCCCAUUAUAAUUCACUGCCACGUAUGGGAGGAAGCAAAUUGCAUGUGUCACAACUCAGCGAAACCCUGCAUAUCGACACACAUUCAGAACCGAUCCCGUACCGGGCGUUAUACAACUACAAACCGCAGAACGACGACGAGCUGGAGUUGAAGGAGGGCGACACAGUGUACGUGAUGGAGAAGUGCGACGAUGGAUGGUAUGUUGGUUCCAGUCAGAGAACCGGCUACUUCGGCACCUUCCCGGGCAACUACGUGGAGAGAUUGUGAGGAAGGCCGACGGUCCAGGACGCCACGCGGCGCAUCAGGGCCCAGGAUAGCUUUCACCAAAGCACUAAGCGUUAGAAUAAGCACCAAAUUUCUCAACGUUUAACCCAAUCGUUUCUGACAUUACGAAGAUUUCCGCAAGUUACAGUCAAAAGAGACUUUUAUUGAAGGGAAUCCUAAUAUUUUUUUUAUUGUAAAAGUGAAGAACGAACAUAUGUACAUAACACUCAGGAUUGCAACUCCUGCAUCUUUUACGACGCGCGAUUAUUUACAGGUAAUUAUGAGUACAAUUUAUUUUACAAUUAUUUAUUUCUUCAUUGUGCAAGCGCACAUUUGCAGUUUUAUUUAUCGCAAUGUAUAAAAAU